ACCUACCGUUCUACUACGAAGGCACGAAGCAGGGACUCUCAUUUCCCCGACAUUGUUGUACUCGGUCUCUUCGCCUGUUCCAAAUUUUAGGAUCCAUGGGGCAGGGUACUCCUGGCGGCAUGGGGUGGCAGGAGCUCCCCGGCGACCGCAAGCAGGACGGCGACAACAAGGGGAAGAAGUUCGAGCGGGCGGCUCCGCCGUCACGGGUCGGCCGGAAGAAGCGCAAGCAGAAGGGACCUGAGGCUUCCGGCCGCAUUCCCGCCGUCACCCCGCUUUCCAAGUGCCGCCUUCGCCUCCUCAAGCUGGAGCGCAUCAAGGACUACCUCCUCAUGGACGAGGAGUUCGUCGCUAACCAGGAGCGCCUGCGCCCCCAUGAGGAGAAGAAUGAGGAGGACCGAUCCAAGGUCGACGACCUCCGUGGUUCGCCGAUGAGCGUCGGGAACAUUAAGGAGCUCAUGGACGAGAACCAUGCCAUCGUGUCUUCCUCGGUUGGUCCGGAGUACUAUGUUGGUAUACUGACGCUUGUUGACAAAGAUCAGUUGGAACCGGGCUGCGCAAUCCUCAUGCACAACAAGGUUCUAUCUGUUGUUGGAAUACUUCAGGAUGAAGUGAAUCCUAUGGUUUCUGUUAUGAAAGUUGAAAAGGCUCCUUUGGAGUCUUAUGUUGAUAUUGGUGGCUUAGAUGCUCAAAUCCAAGAAAUUAAAGAAGCUGUUGAACUUCCACUUACUCAUCCUGAGUUAUAUGAGGAUAUUGGAAUUAGGCCUCCCAAGGGAGUAAUAUUAUACGGUGAACCUGGAACUGGUAAAACUUUACUUGCCAAGGCUGUAGCUAAUUCAACUUCUGCAACGUUCUUGCGUGUUGUUGGAAGUGAGUUGAUCCAGAAAUACUUGGGUGAUGGACCUAAGCUGCUGAGAGAAUUGUUUAGAGUGGCAGAUGAACUUUCUCCUUCAAUUGUAUUUAUUGAUGAGAUAGAUGCAGUUGGCACCAAAAGAUAUGAUGCUCAUUCAGGUGGUGAACGUGAAAUACAGAGAACCAUGUUGGAGUUGCUGAACCAGUUAGAUGGUUUCGAUUCAAGGGGAGAUGUUAAAGUUAUUCUUGCAACCAACAAAAUUGAAAGCCUUGAUCCAGCCUUGCUUCGGCCUGGCCGUAUUGACAGAAAGAUUGAAUUCCCUCUGCCUGACAUUAAGACAAAAAGACGGAUUUUUCAGAUUCAUACAUCCAGAAUGACUCUGGCUGAUGAUGUCAACCUAGAAGAGUUUGUCAUGACCAAGGAUGAGUUUUCUGGAGCUGAUAUCAAGGCAAUCUGUACUGAAGCUGGCCUGCUUGCUUUGAGAGAGCGUAGGAUGAAGGUAACUCAUGUAGACUUUAAAAAGGCCAAAGAAAAAAUUAUGUAUAAGAAGAAGCAAGGAGUGCCUGAGGGACUCUACAUGUGACUUUCACCUUCAAUCUUUUGACUUGAAGGUGAAAUUUCGCUCGCUUCAAAUCUCCGAAAGGAAAAUUCUUCCCUAUAGAAGUAUUGUCUAUCGAUUCACGAUACACGCUAAGAGCUGCCUUUUCAUUGGACCUCCGAGCUCGAUGGUUUUCUUUGUUUGUUCUCAACUUUGACACUUGCACAACUUUAUGAAUGUUGGAAAUUUUGUUUCUGAAUCAAUUAAGCUGUGCUACCGACAACUACUGCUGUUGGCUGUUGAUUUUUGAUUCAAUCAGAUUCUAUAGUUUUCCUUGUUUUUAGAUAAUAUUGUAGAAUUCAGGGAUAGAUUUUAUAUGAUAAAUAAACAUCUGCCUCAAUAAAUAAAUGAAUUAAUCCACAAAAUUUCUUCUA